CUUGUCUUCCAACUUCUGCCGGGGCCUGUUGGGCGGACGCGACAACCCCCCCGGGCGUGGGUCUUUUGCCGCCUUGGCCGCCGGCGACUCGCCGGGCGGCCGGUGUGGAUGUUGUGUCAUGAGAUGAUUGAAGAUGGAACCUCGUCGGACGAGGAUGAGCAGUUAUGUCCCCCGGGCUACGAGAGCGGCUGCAUCCUGGAAUACUACAAGUUGUGCAACGAUGCCAGGAAGAAGAAACUGGUGGAUUGUCGACAGAUGAUCAAGGUCUAUGUGGAGAUCAAUCCUCAUGAGAUCAAGACCAUCGAUGAUCAGAAAGAAGAGUUUCAAGUGUUGAUGAUGAUGAAGCUUUGGUGGAAGGAUCCACACCUAAAGAAUCUCCGCUGCACUUUGCGCAUGGACAGCGGCGAGGAUAUCACUGGAACAAUCGUGAAGUUCUCGCAGGAUGGAAACAUUGUGAUGAAAUGUAAAGAUGGGAGAACUCGCACCUUCAAGAAGAGCGAGUAUGUGUCCAAACACAUCCAAGAGCCGGAUUGGGACAAGCAGUUCUUCCCUAGCUUCACCUUCAUCAACAUUCAAGGAGAGUGCAACGACCUCUUUAAGCCCAUCUACGAGGUGGUUUGGAGCGACCAAGACGGCACCUUUGUCUCGUGGCGACGGAAGAUCGAUGGGACCUUCGCGGAACGCUUGGAGUUGCAUUACUUCCCUUUGGAUCGUCAGCUCUGCCGCAUCAAGAUCACCGCGGAAAAGCCCAUCGAGGACUUCCAGUUCGUCAUGCUCAAGAAAGACCAUAAACAUCACUUUUCGCGCGCCUGCGAUACGUUCAAGGUGGACCAGGAGAUGCAGAAGCUUUGCGGCUCCUAUGUCCGCUACUGUGACUUCGAGUUGCCCUUCCCAUCGCAAAGAUCGAUGGUGAACGUCAUAUUUCAUUUGGAUCGUCAGGGUGACUAUUACUUCAACAACAUGUUGCUGAUGGUCUUCCUGGUGAAUCUCAUGGGGCUUUGUGCCUUUGCAAUCCCUCUACAUGAUGCAAGUGGUCGAUUAAGCUUAGUGAGUUCUUGCUUCCUGGCCGUUCUGGCCUACCGCUACAUCAUCAACGAGAUUCUGCCUCGCAAGGCAUACCUCACCGCUGCCGACAAAUACAUCACCUUCGCCUGUAUGUUCCUGAUUGUCAUUUGUUUGCAAACGGUGGUCUUCGUGAUUUGGAGACGUGGCAUUGAAGAAGUGAAGGAAGGGCAGCUCAGCUUGGCAUCACUUUGGACUCGCAGUACCUUGGAUUUCUAUGACUAUGUCUUGGGGGUGCUCAUGUUCAUCGUUUGGGUCUCUUGGCAGACUCCAGACUCGAUGCGCGUUACGUGGCGUGCCACGGCGGAGAGAGCGGGGCGCCUUGUGUACCAGGAGAGGUUUUGCGACAGGCCAGCCUUCUCAUGCGGCAACGGAUCAGGUUGGUCCCAGAAAUGACAUCUGAAUCCAAGUACUACCGGAUCCACAAAAGUCUGAGAUCCCGGCCAAGGUGUCGACCGGACCUUGAAGGACCGAAACCAACAUCGGUUUUUGGGCCACCUCGAAGACACCUCGAUCUACGGGGCUAGCAAUAUAGACACCUCUUGGAAGGUACUUGUAGUCCUUUUGUCUCGAGGUCACGUCUACAUGUCGACUCCAAAGAUGUCGACGCAGCCGAACUCCGGGAAAGUCGUCCUUCGUCCUCCUUCGUCCAGACCGCGCGGGAAAUCCGGACGAGUCCGGGCAUGUCAAAGAGUGACAUGGAGACAUGAAACCAUAAACCUUUAGGGCUCCAAUCAUAUCCUCAGGUUCGGUGGGCACAGACCCCCCUGGCACCCACCCCAACCAUCUUCGAAACGGAGGUGGGCCAGGAGC